AUGGUAGCUGCUAAACAAUGGGUUGUGAAAACUGAUCCGAUCCCAGGACACCCUUUCAAUUUUAAUUUUGAAAGCAAGGAUGCUACAUUCGAAUUAAUUACCAAAGAUUUGACCUCUAAUGAUCUUCAAUCUGGAGAUAUAUUAGUAGAGACAUGCUAUUUAUCUAAUGACCCAGCUCAGAAAUUUUGGAUAGCAACUGUCGAUAAAAAUUAUUCUCCAGGUGUAUCUGUUGGUGAAAUUAUACCAGCAAGAGGUAUAGCUAAAGUCAUUGAAUCUAAAAAUGAUGACUUUAAAGUCGGCGAUUACGUUAGCGCUUAUGUUGGCUGGACUACUCAUACUAUUAUCACUAAGGAACAAACUGAAAAAAUUACCAAAUUGUCCACUGAAAAUGUAGAUGAAUUAUGGUGGUACCUUUCUGUCCUUGGUGGAACCGCAUUAACCGCUUAUUUCAUCUUUUACAAAUAUGCUGAAAUGAAGGAAAAUGAAAAAUAUUAUAACAAAGUUUUCCUUAUUUCUGGAGCUGCAGGUGCCGUGGGUUCCAUUUCUGUUCAAUUGGCUGUGAACGUAUUUAAGGCAUCAAAAGUUAUCGCAAUUGCAGGUGGUGCUGAAAAAUUGAAAUAUGUCGAAUCCUUUGGUAAUCAAGUAGUAGGUGUGGAUUAUAAAGAUCCAAACUUUAAAGAUAAUUUGUUAAAGGCAGCUGGUGGGAAAAACACUGUAGAUUACUUCAUUGAUAAUGUUGGUGGAGAAAUUUUAGAUUUGGGUGUGGAAUUGCUAAAACCAAAAACUAUGUUGUUAGCAUGUGGAUCCAUUAGUGGUUAUAACGAUUCAUCCAAAUUAGUUUUCAAGAAUUACGUCUCAGUCAUCACCAAGAGAUUAACUCUAAAAGGUUUAUUAUUAACGGAUAAUUUGGAUGAGUUCCCACAAGGUUUAAAUAAAUUGACGAACUUGAUAAAGGAAGGUAAAUUAGAUGUGAAAAAUUCAGCUACGAUUGAAAACGCUACGGGAGAUAAAUUCGAUCAAGUUCCAUUGAUUUGGAACGGUCUCUUCAAGGGUUUAAAUAAAGGGAAACUAAUCACCAAGAUUUCAGAUGCUUAA